AGAAACUAAAAUCCUUGAUGCCUCAUUCUUGGAUUAAUCUUUUCCCGAUCGAAAACAAACCUCUCUAGUUCAUUUUCAUCCCAACGACACCUAACCGACACCGACAUCGAUUUUGGAAUGGACCUAACGGAGUUAGAAAGGGUUUUUCAAUUGUUCGACAAGAACGGAGACGGAAAGAUCACAAAGAAAGACUUGUCUGAGUCGUUGGAGAGUUUAGGCAUCUCCAUUCCCGAAAGCGACUUAACACAAAUGAUUGAAAAAUUCGACAUCGAUGGCGACGAUUGUGUCAAUAUCAACGAGUUCAACGAGUUGUAUCAAUUCAUCAUGGGAGAUAAAGACGAAGACGAAGAUAUAAAAGAAGCAUUUAAGGUUUUCGAUCGGAACGGAGACGGUUACAUCUCCGUCGACGAGUUGGGAUCGGUUUUGAUCUCUCUAGGGCUUAAGCAAGGGAAAAGCAUCGAGGAUUGUAAGAGGAUGAUCAUGCAAGUGGACGAAGAUGGCGAUGGUAGGGUUAAUUUUAAUGAAUUCAAACAAAUGAUGAAAGGUGGUGGUCUUAGUGCUCUAUAUUGACGUACAAGGACAUCAUUCUCCUAUAGAUCA